GCGGCAUAGUGCCAUGGCCUCUGGCAUUAACGAUGCCCAGUAUCAUGGGAGGCAGUGAUAGGGUCAUAUCGUUGACAAACGCAAAACACGGAUUUCGCUGCUUCAGUGUUGCGAGUUGGCCGCUUUUGACUGAGCUGCACGACCCCUUCAUUCCUCUAAACAAAAUGAAGGCUUUGCCAAGAGGUUGUUUGACUGGGAUUCUGCUCACGAAUGGCGGCAUGCGUGGAUUUUGGAUGAUAUUGGAACACAUUUGCGGCAUGCGUUUGCCACACGCUCGGUUGCCGGAUGCAACGCCUUGAUAGAUUUUCCGUCCGCCAAACAAGGACGCUACGAACGUGGUCUAGGAACAAGAGGUAGCCGCUACUAGUAACAAAGGGCAUCGCUAGUAGGAGCAAGGGGUGCUACGAACGUAGCCAAACGCCACGGUGUGAGAAAAAGGAUGGACAAGGGCCUAAGUUGUUCCACCCGUGGGUUGUGACAUUUUGGAGGACUCUGGCCACCGCCCAUCAAGAUGGCACGGUGCACGUGGCAGGCGCGGCGCCCCUGUGUGGCCACCGAGGAUCGGCCACGUGCCUCGCAUGGGCCGAACACCUGGAGGGUGCUCCACUCUUGGCCUCGGGCUCGGCGGAUGGGCACGUGAUCAUUUGGCGAGAGAUGAGACCCAACGACUGGCAGAGCAUCCACCAGAAGUACGUGCCCGGCAGUGUGAAGUCCUUGGCCUUCAGCUGCCCUGAGCCCUUGAUGCUGGCCGUCGGCGGCGGAGAUGAGCUGGGUGUUCUCACGCUCUUGGUGGAACUUCGCCGUGGAGCGAUGAAUCCCGAGAACUGGCAGGUGAAGUCGGUGCCUGCGCACGAGGGCGGCAUCGCCUCGCUGGACUGGUCUCCGAGCUCCUCUCCCGCGGUCCUGGCAACAGGCCCUGCUGUGGCCAGAGCGCAUGGUCGAUGGCUCGGGGCUAGACGCUUGGCGACAUGUGGAGCUGAUGGACAGUUGAUCAUAUGGCGUAUUGAUGCCAAGAACGAUUCCUUUCAUCGGGAGCACGUGCUGGAUGGUGACCAGAUUGGUGGCAAUGACCUUUGGUGUUCUUUGUCCUGGCGGCCCAAUGUUGGCCUGCCAGGAAAUUCUCUGGGUGCAGUUUCCAAGGAAGGGGAGGUCAUGAUCCUCUCUCAGGACGCCGAAGGCAUGGCCUUUGCUCCUCGACAGCGCUGGUCGCUCGCUCAGGGAGCUGGAUGCCGCUUGACCUGGACCAAGGCAGGGACGUUGCUGGCUAUUCUGGUGAGUCCCGAGAAGUGUGUGCUCUUGAAGGAGAAUCCGAACGCCCUCUCGACAGUGCCGGCGCAAUGGUCGGACCGCUUCUACCAUGGCCAGCGGAUCGGCAUUGCGAGCUUUUUGCUGAUGAUCAUAAUUGCAGCGGCCGCAGAAGUCUUCCUCCGUGUGAGGCCAGACCUUCCUGGUGAGCUCAGCUGCCUUGCAGCCUUGGUACUUCAGCUGCUGGAUGUCUUGGGCUCUGGAACUUCGAGUGAAGCACCCUUGGCAUUGUCUGGUACCGAGAGUCAUGGCUGGCGCGCAGCCACAUGCUCUGGUCGCUUUGCACUCCUGCUUUUGGAUGGAGACCAAUUUUCGCAGGCCUUCAGCUCCUGGGUGCUGCGCGAUCACUUGAUCGGAUUUUUCUUCUUUGCCCUUGCGAGCUUCGCUGCCGUGCUGCACUGGAACGCCUUGAUGCGGCAGAUCUACUGGGCCGAGCGCCGCGCAGCUCUCGAAGCGCAGGCAUGGGGUGAGCUCAUUGCCCUGACCUGUGAUUUUGACCUGGUGGUCGGGUCUGUGGAAGAUCAGGUCAAGCAAGACACAAUCCUGAGAGUCUUAGAGCCAACAGCCAAGAGCUUGAACAUCCUGGGUCGAGCUCUUGAAGCUGGUGAAGCCUUACAGAGCUUCCUGAGCGACGAGCCGAAGGCACUGUCCAAAAGCCUGGCAGAAGCCAAAGAGCUUGAAGGCCCGGCGCAGGAGGACUGGAGCAGAGCGGAGACGGUCAUGACCUUGGUGGCGAGCUAUCUCGUGGGCGUGCGGAUUGAUCAUGCUCAGGAUCCACCUUCAGAACUGCUACCUCCUCCUGCAGAGCCAAUGUUGCAUCGAGCAUACAGCAACGGCUCGAACUGCCUCUCAGUGGCUGAGACGACCGUCACAGGUGCGGAGACGACCACAGGUGCACUGUUCAGCACAGUCGAGCUAAAUGGCACAGGACCCCGACGUGCGAUUUCGGGGUUUGCUCCAGUGGACGGCUUCAGUCAAGGAGGAAGACAGAAUUACAUCUCAGAGCUGCGGCUGCUUCGUCAUGUGCGACAUCCAAAUAUCGUGUCGUUUUUCGGUGCAGCGGUCGAUCCAACAAGCCUGGAGCUCAUGCUGGUCUUCGAGAAGAUGACCGGGAGAGCGUGUGGUGAAGCGUGUGAAGAUGGGGCUGGAAAGAUCUGGACACGCUGGGAAUUGAGGAAAACUUUGACGAAGUUUAUUCCUGUGGCGACACCUCGAGAGAAUGAGCGGCUUCAGAUACUUCUUGAUAUGGCCAAGGAAGAGCGGAAAGACUGCUUGGUGACCAAACUGGGAGAUUUCGGGCUGGCACGACGCGCCACCAAGUCAGCUGCUGGAAUGGGUGGCACCUUGCGCUGGUGUGCUCCAGAAGUCUUGCAAGGCUACGGGCAGGUAGCCUUCUUUGUCAUCUCUGGGCGGAUGCCCCUCUCCGAGCUCAAGCGACAUGAGAUGACCGAGGCCCUGAGCCGCGGGCAGUUGCCGCCAGAGGAUUGGCCCACGGGCUUCAUGACGCGUGUGCGGGCCAUCGCCGAGAGCUGCCGGAGGUUCGAACCACAGGCGCCUUUGGGAGACGGGGACUUGGACACUCUAGCAUCAGUGCAAGGGAGAUUUGGCUGCGAAUGGGGCGGCGACAUCGGCGAGUCGGUGCAGAGAACUACGACCGGUGACGGUCGCAACGACCGAGUAGAGCAUCCCUUUGCCGCGCCUCUGCCGGCGCUUCCACUGCUAGAGCCUCCUCCUUUAGACCUUCCCGUGAGCCACAGCAUGAUGACGCUUGGCCUGGGGGAUGCGAAGCUCCAGAGCAUGGAAUGGAUAGGGCUUGAUCCGGAAUGGAAGAGGGGCAACUGGGAGCAGAGCCCCAGUUCCCGUGACCUGGAGGUGCAAAUGGAGAUGGCCCGGAAGCAUGCCUUUGGAAGGCCGUCACCGAGGCCCUCGGUGUCGCUCCAAGGGCUCGAAGCCUCGCAGGCUGCAGCAAUGCGGGUGGAAAUGCAUGCUCUCAUGGAAGCGGAGCAGCAGACAUCAGACCUGGAGCAACGGCAAGAGCAGCUGAAGGUGGCUGAGGCCCAAAGCCGCCAGUUGCAGUUGGAGGCACUGCUCCAGCAGAAUCAGAUUGAAGUCCAGAAGCUUCAGUCACAGCAGGAGUGCCUGCAGCAGGAGGUCAAAGAGAGCUCACGUCGGUGUGCCAACACAGAAAGCGAGGAGAAGUCCUUGCACGAGAUUCUCGCAGCAUCGACCAAGAGCUGCGAGGAUCUUGCUGCAAAGAUCCGCCAGUUCCAGGACCCUCUUCAGCCAUUUGCCCGUCACCUGGCAGCUUUAGAGGCGGAGGUCCAAGUGGCCGAGGAGAAUGUGGCGGUGGAAACAGCUGCGUGUGAGGCAUCCACCCGGCGCCUGGGAGCGGACCCUGGCUUUGAGGUGAUCGAAGCUCUGAGAUCCGAAGAACGGCAUGGUGCAGCCCAACACCGGCAACGCUGUCUCGAGCAAGAGGCAGCGCAUGCCCAGCAGUGGCAAGAGAGGAUGCGCUUUGUGGAGAGUGCUGCCAAAGAUUCGGCUUCUUCGAUUCAGCAGAAGUACUUCAAGGUUCUACGGCAAGUGCAAGAGCAGAACGAGAAGGAAUCUUCCGACUUCAGGCGCACGGCCAACGCCUUGCGCCUGGAGCUCUCGGCGGCUCAAGCGCUCUGCGGAGCACACGGAGCGACGCCCUCGGAGCCCGUGGCGCAGGUGGCGGCGGAGCUGCGCGAGCGUCGCCAGGCAGAGUUGAACCUCUUUGCUCAUGUGCAAGAGCUCAAGGAAGAGGUCGAAUCUUUGCAAACCAAAGAGCAUACUCAGGCUGAAGAUGAGGUGCUCAACCGACAGCUAGAAGAGAGAGAGGGCCUGGAGAUUCAGGCUCUUCGGGAGGAGCUUUAUGACUUCAAGUCGGAGGCAGCGGUACGCUUUGAUCUUCCCCUGAAGACUCGGUUCACUUCCCUGCAGGACACCUUAGUCGGAAGGGAAGAAGCUGCCGCCUGGCUUUGCCUUUCCACGAAGCUCUCCGAGUCGGUGUUGGCAUCUGGCGUUUCCCAGGAGUGGGACGAGCCCAGCUCGCUGGAAGAGGAGAAGCUCUCGGACAUGAAGGAGGAGGUGCACCGUUUGCGCUUUGAGCGACAACGCUUGGUGGAGCUGGGCAACAGCCUGAGGGCCAAACUGCGUGUGGUUGACACGCCCCAGGAACCCUUCAGUGAGCGCAAGAAGCUCCUGGAGGCAGCUUUGAGGGCCUUGCUGAGCGAGAACCGAAAGCUUCAACAGGAACUGGAAGCCUCGGUGCAGAGCCGCAGCUCCGGCGAAAAGGCGGCGGGCAGCGGUGAGCCCUCCAAAGCUCGCCUCGCAUCAAGAGGUGGGAAGACUUCUGCCGGGGUGGCCUUUGGCGAGACAGAUGAUCCGGAUGAGUUGUCCCAAGUGCUGCAGUUGCAUGGAGCAGCUCCUGCUCGGUCCUCGCUUGCGGGGUUGCCAUCUGGGCCAGGCUACUUGCGCCAGCCACUCACAGAAGAGUUGAGGCGUCCCAGAAGUGCCACUGACCGUGGGACUGAAAGCCAGCGGAAGGCCCUUGAACGACUGCGGGCUGCCCAAGCGAAGCAUGACGAGGCCGCCGCAGCUGCUGAUGAGCAACGCCGGAAGGUCCUUCCCCUGAUCCGAUGGCGAGACAGUGCCACUGCUGCAGCGCAACAAGGCACGGAGGUGUUGGCAGGCGGUCUUUGA